UUAAUAAUGCAUUUUACGAUUUCUAAUAUUAACGAUGGAGACAGCAACAGUAUUAUCGAGAAUGAUAAUGAAUUAGAUUGCCAAGAUGCGAAUAUGUUAGAAGUUACUAAUAAUGAAGAUAGUCAAGAUACGAGUAUAUCAGGAAAUCAUGUAAGAAAGAGAAGGCGAGCAGAGUCACAAAACAGCUACUUAGAACGUAUAGCAGACGCUUUAUGCCAACCACCUCCUGACAUUGUUCUUCCACCACCCCCUCAAGAAGACCAUAUAGAUGCGUUCUUAAAACUGUUUGGUCAUAACUUAAGAAAGUUAUCGCCAGAAAAACAAAAUGAAUGGAUGCAACGAUAUUUAAAUAUGUCUUACGAAAUGUUAAAAGAAAACCAAAGAUAUUAAUGAAAUAUUAACUUAAAUAUUAAAUUAGCUUAACAAAAAUU